AUCAUAGAACUUGGAAAGGGACUCAUGAAUUGAGUUUUUUCUUUCUCUCUUUUCCUUUGUUUUUUGAGGUUUGUGGGGUGAACCCAUUUCUUGCAAGAUUUUCUGUAGAAGAAAUUGAUAAAAAAAAGAUGGGUUUGGAAGUGUUGGUGGGGUGUUUGAUUGGGUUGUGGAUAGUGAGAUGGGUGCUGAGGAGAGUCAACUGUUGGUACUAUGAGAUGAAAUUGGGAGAGAAGAGAUAUGAACUGCCACCAGGUGAUUUGGGUUGGCCUUUCAUUGGCAACAUGCCCUCCUUUCUCAGGGCUUUCAAGUCCUCCAAUCCUGAAUCUUUCGUCUCUACCUUUGUUAACAGAUUUGGACAUACUGGAUUAUACAAGGUACACAUGUUUGGCAAUCCUAGUAUCAUUGUCACCACCGCAGAAGCAUGCCGUAAGGUCUUAACUGACGAUGAAUGCUUCAAACCUGGCUGGCCAUCUGCCACUGUGAAUCUUAUUGGGAGGAAAUCAUUUGUUGGCAUCUUCGAUGAGGAACACAAAUGGCUGCGCAAAUUAACAGCAGCCCCUGUGAACGGACACGAAGCGUUAACCGUGUACAUGAAAUAUAUUGAAGAUAAUGUCGUAACGGCUCUGGAAAAAUGGGCCGGAAUGGGACAAAUAGAGUUCUUAACUGAGCUCCGAAAGCUUACGUUCAGGAUAAUUAUGCAUAUUUUCUUGAGCACGGAAAGCGAACAAGUCCAGGAGGCCUUGGAGCGGGAGUACACUGCUCUGAAUUACGGAGUCAGGGCCAUGGCAGUCAAUAUACCUGGAUUUGCUUAUCACAACGCGCUUAAGGCGCGAAAAAAUCUCGUGGCAGUUCUCCAAGCCAUAGUAACUAAGAGAAGGGAAUGGAGGAGGAUAAAUCCCCCAACUGUGAAGAAAGACAUGAUGGAUGCCCUUGUGGAUGCUGAAGACGAGCAUGGUAGAAAACUGACUGAUGAAGAGAUCAUCGAUAUUUUGAUUAUGUACCUGAAUGCCGGCCAUGAAUCGUCGGGACACACAGCCAUGUGGGCAACUGUUUUUCUACAAAAGAAUCCUGAUGUGUUCAAAAGAGCCAAGGCAGAGCAAGAGGAAAUCGUGAGAAACAGACCACCUGAUCAAAAAGGUUUGACGCUCAAAGAAAUACGCAAAAUGGAAUAUCUGAAUAAGGUAAUUGAUGAAACACUUCGUGUGGUUACAUUCUCACUGGUGGUCUUCAGAGAGGCAAAGAAAGACGUCAACGUUUGUGGUUACACCAUUCCUAAAGGAUGGAAAGUUCUGGUCUGGUUUAGAAGUGUUCAUUUCGACCCUGAAACAUAUACUGACCCCAAGAAGUUUGAUCCUUCAAGAUGGGAUGGAUUUACACCGAAAGCAGGAAACUUCCUGCCUUUUGGAGGGGGAAGCAGAUUGUGCCCUGGAAAUGAUCUCGCCAAGCUUGAAAUCUCAGUGUUCCUUCACCAUUUUCUUUUGAACUAUGAGCUCGAACAACAAAAUCCUGGCAGUCCAUUGAUGUACCUGCCGCAUACAAGGCCUAAGGACAACUGCCUGGGAAGAAUCAGAAGAGUCUCUUCUCCGUCUGUACAGAUGGGAGAAAUGUAGCACAUUUCUUCAUUUUAUGCUUUAAAAGACUACAGUUACUACUAUGUUUGGGCCUUCCAUCAUUUUUUCAACUGCAUUUUGUAACCAAUUGGGGUUCUUUCCAGUGAUGGUGAAAGUUAGUGGUUUCAAAUUA